AUUAUUUACUUCUUUGCUCAUUUAUUAUCCACUGUAUACACUUUAUUCUACCUAACUUUACCUCUGGAGCUAAAUCUUAAAUUUGGAGUAUUAUGAAUUGAGUGAAUCAAAGAGAUUUAUGCCAAGUAUCAGUAGCGCUUGAUGGCAAAGGAUAUAAAUCCAAAUGUUCUCUUCUCCCAUCCGCUUUGUACUGCAGGCUUACUAUAUCAUAGACGAAAGCAAAAGUACAUGAUACGCAACAGUGACGCGGCAUGUGAUUUGAAUAAAUAUGCCCAAUUAUGGCUAUGUUUCCGACAUGCUUCUCCAACAUGCAGUCAGACGUGAGGUUUCUCAUCGUGGCUUACUACUCGUCCUGUCAGAUAAUGCGUCACCUGUGUUAUGGGUGUACGCCUGGCUUACAGUCGGCUUAGUUGGAUGUCUAUGGUAUAACGGAAGUCUGAUAAUCCUACUUAAAAUCUAGACCUCGUUGAUAUAUUAUCGAACACAGUACGUCUCCGUCCGGAGAUAUAAUAGAUGCCAAGUAUGAGCUGAGCUACCCUGGCGACCCUGGCGAUCCUACCGGUUAAAUUGUCUGUCGCUAUCAACAACCAGGAUGCGACAACAAACAAAGACAAGAAAUCGCAAACGAGGCUCUUGAAUCAUUAGUAAAGUACAGUGAACUUAUCCUGUGCAUGUGAUAAACUAUUCAGUACGCAAGGAAUCCGAUAUUUGUGCCACAGCAUACUCUUGACCAGCGAGUGUUUACCGAUUAUACGUCGCUACCGGGUUGUGCCUGCCUCGUUGUAGCCUUGUCGUGGAACAAACGUGUGUUCUCGAUCAAGACUCUUGACUUGCACAACACCCGAGGGUAAAACCCCAGUUUCGACUCUUUUACACAAUCAACAUAGACAAAGUCAGCAAGUUGCUGUCUACUGUUAUUACGAGCGUCAGAAAAAUACCCAAGAGACAGCCCCGAGAACGCUGCAAUUUCGAGCUCUGAGUUGACUGGAAAGAGCGAACUAAAUCUGCAAUCAUGGACAACAAAGAAGAAGGCGCUGUUUCGGGCGCUGAGGUAGUCAACCAGGUUGAAGCCAACGAGCCACUUCGCAUUGAAAUCUCCUCGACCACCAAGGAAGAGGGCACCCAAGAAGAAGCCGACGAUAUCACCCCCACCGCCACACGCAAAACCGCAAGCACCGCGCCCUCACUCAUCACAGUCCCCUCCCUGAUCAACGGCAUCGAAGAAACCAGCACCUCCAUCUUCCCUGUGAUAAGUCCCUACACCAACACUCCCUGCUGGAAUGCAACCGCCGCGACCCCCUCGGACGCCUUGCGUGCUGUCGAAGCAGCUUCAGCUGCCUUCCCAGCCUGGUCGGCUACCAAGCCCACCGUGCGUCGCGACAUUCUGCUCCGCACGGCUGAUAUUCUUGAGAGUCGUCUCGAGGAGAUUUCGGAAAUCAUGCGCACGGAGAUGGGUGCUGAUGUGGGGACAUCGCAGUUCUUCAUUGCGCCGUUUGGUAUCCGUAUGCUGCGCGAUCUCGCAGGACGCAUCACGUCAAUCUGUGGCAGUGUGCCAGUUGUUGAAGAGGAGGGCCAGAGCGCCAUUGUUCAUAAGGAACCGAUGGGUGUUAUUCUUGGGAUUGUGCCUUGGAAUGCACCGUAUGUCUUUGGGAUCCGUGCCGCAGCUGGAGCACUUGCGGGGGGUAAUACCACCAUCCUCAAGUCCUCUGAUCUUACCCCUCGCUGUUACUGGGCUAUCGGCCGUGCAUUUACCGACGCAGGCCUGCCACCGGGAUGCCUCAAUAUCCUUAGUUGUCGACCAGAAGAUGCCCCCAGCGUCGUAAACACUAUGAUUGAGCACCCAGCAGUCCGCAAGAUAAACUUCACAGGCAGCACAGCUACUGGCCGCAAAAUUGCGAGAACUUGCGGAGAGAACCUCAAGCCCUGCCUGAUGGAGCUUGGAGGCAAGAAUAGCGCGAUCGUAUGUGAAGAUGCGAAUAUUGAGGUGGCCGUGAGAGAAGUACUGGCAGGGACUCUCAUCAAUUCUGGACAGAUCUGCAUGUCAACUGAUCGAAUUCUAGUCCACUCCACCAUCGCGCCAACGUUUAUCAGCGCAAUUAAAGGUGCCCUCAAUGCAAGCGCUAACCAGUCCUUCGAGCCACCAACACUUGUAUCCACUGCGUCAAAGAUUCGCGUUCAAGGGCUGAUCACGGACGCUCUUGCCUCAGGAGCCCAUCUUAUCCAUGGCUCCGUCGACAACGAUAGCUCCCCAUCCACCAGCGCCACGUCGGUUCGCAUGGCGCCAAUCUUCAUCGGUGACGUCGAUGAAAAGUCAGCUCUUUGGCAAGACGAGGCCUUUGCAUCCCUCGCCGCCAUCAGGGUUGUUGAUUCCGAUGCCGAGGCUGUUAGGAUCGCGAACCAGGGCGGCUACGGUCUCUCAGCCGCUAUCUUCACCGAAGAUCUACGCAAGGGAUUCAAGCUGGCAAAGCAGAUCGAGUCUGGGGCUGUGCAUAUCAACAGCAUGACCGUUCAUGACGAGGUUGUGCUUCCAUUUGGCGGGGUCAAGAAUAGCGGAUGGGGACGCUUCAAUGAGAAACAAGGGAUUGAAGAGUUCCUUGUUACAAAGACUGUGACGUGGAAGGAUUAAGUAGUCGUGGAUGUGAGUCGCUGAUACUACAAACGCAUUAUUGUACCUGUGUGGGAAAGGUACAUCGGUAUAUCGGCUCCCCACAUUGCGAUCUUUACAAGGUGCUAGUUUAGUUCGUGCGGGAACGGGAGCGCUAUGAUAGCGCCCGGUCCCUGAAAUGUCUCAUUUUAGUGCAAUUGAGGAUCAUCAAAUAUUAUUCUGGUAAUGCA